AAAUUUUAUUUUCUCCCAGAUGGCAAGCUAAUGUGGUAACUCCGUUUAUUUCAUAAUCUGCUUUUUUCCCAUAUAUUUCUAGUUAUUUGUUUGUCUCUCAUUAUUCGAUAAGAUCACUGAGGUUAUUGACCAUGUUUUAAUCAGCUUUAUAUUCUUAAAAUAUUGGACAGUGCUGAAACAUAAUAAAUCAUAUUGCCUAUUUGUUGAAUGAAUAAACAAAUUAUCUGGAGGUUUCAAAAAGUCACUAGUCAUUGUUAUAUUUACAGGUAAGUUUAUCUCGAACUCUGAAAUAAGGACACACAGAAGAACAUAUGGAACAAAGGAACAAUGUGACUGAGUUUGUCCUCUUGGGGCUCACUCAGAAUCCCCAGGGUCAGAAAAUAUUAUUUCUUGUGUUUUUGCUGAUCUACAUUGUGACAGUUGUGGGCAACCUCCUCAUUGUCGUGACUGUGGUGGUCAGUCCAACACUGGAUGCUCCUAUAUACUUCUUGCUUGGCUAUUUAUCAUUUAUGGAUGCUGUUUAUUCUACUACGGUCACCCGAAAUAUGAUCAUAGACUUACUCUAUGAGAAGAAAACCAUUACUUUCCAAGCUUACCUGAUCCAGCUUUUUGUAGAACACUUAUUUGGUGGUACUGAGAUUUUACUUCUGGUGGUCAUGGCCUACGACCGCUACGUGGCUAUCUGCAAACCACUACAUUAUAUGAUGAUCAUGAACCAACGGGUGCGUGUUCUGCUGCUGAUGGUGACCUGGGUUGGAGGUUUUGUGCAUGCAGUACUUCACCUUCUCUUUGUUUACAAUCUUCCCUUCUGUGGUCCCAAUGUCAUUGACCACUUCUGCUGUGACAUGUACCCCUUAUUAAAACUUGCCUGCACUGACACCUAUGUCAUUGGUCUCACUGUGAUUGCCAAUGAUGGGGCAAUAUGUGUUGUCAUUUUUAUGCUGUUAUUCAUCUCCUAUGGAGUCAUUAUGCACUCCCUGAGGAACCUUAGUCAGGAAGGGAGGCACAAAGCCUUAUCCACCUGUGGCUCCCACAUCACUGUGGUAGUCCUCUUCUUUGUCCCUUGUAUUUUUAUGUAUGUCAGACCUCCUUCCACUUUACCCAUUGAUAAAUUCUUGACUGUGUUUUACACUGUUUUCACUCCUGUGUUGAACCCCUUAAUCUAUACUCUGAUGAAUGCGAUGAAAAAUGCCAUGAAGAAGCUUUGGACCAGAAAAAGAAAAUGAGGUCAUAGGCACACAGAUCGCCUACUUUCAAUAAAGAAUAGUCCAUUCCAGGAAAACAAAACAUUGAAAUCCAUUGCUUUAGAGUCAGUUCCAGGACAGCUGUGUGUAAUUAUUUAAUUGUGGUAAAUAUUUCCUCAUGUUACAUGACUUGUGAUGAUGAAAAACAUUUAUUAGGAUACUUCCAAUGAUUAAUUUUUUCAAGAUAUAUUUUUCAGAUUUUCAUUUCCUGGGAAAAGAAUUCUUUUUUUGGUGUCGAAUUGUUCUGUUGAGUCUAUAGAUUUAUAUACAGACUCUUGAAAUAUAUCUAAUCCUUUUUCACAAUUAAUAGUGCCCAUUGCUGAUUUCAGAAAAAUACAUUUUGAAAUAUGACAUAAACAUAUGUUUCACUCCAUCCCAUGCAGAGUUAGUCCAUAUUACAUUAGAAGUGUAUUUUUUUUUUGUAUCUGCAAGAUCUCUUACAUAUGUAGUUUUGUUUGUAUUGCUUAGCAUGUUAAGGUUUAUGAGAAAGAAUGCUUCAGAAUUCUAAAUUAAUCAUAAGGAGGCUAAACAUACAAAAAGAAUGUGAAUGUUCAAGGUGGAUAUGCAGAAAAAUGACUCAGUCUUACUUAUUUUCCCAGUUGGAAAACCAUCUUACCUCCUCAAGUGAAGCAGCUUUGUUUGGUGUUAUAUUUUCAUAAAGAGGAUGAAUUUAUCUUCCAAGGUCAUUUAAAAUAUCUGAUGAUAGCAUUGUUAUUUUUCAAUAUCCCAUCUCCUUCUUGCUCAUGGUGUUUCAUGGUCUUCUAAAAGGACCUAGACCCUGCCUUUCACAUGUAAAAUUAGCAAAAUCCAUAAUCAGUGUGCUUCAAGUAUACACUCCAGAACUUGACACCAGGUUAAUUUACUUAAUUUACAUGAUUUCAUUGUCAAGAAAGAUGCUGAGUAUUUAUGCUGUUUCCAUUCUCACGUCUUUUCUUAUGGUAAUGCAGAUUAUUAGGUAACAAGGAGACUGGAAUAUAUCGUUUUAUUUGACAAAGGCGUCACUCAUUACGUCUUCGUCAACAUUUCUCCUUUGAAUCAGGCUUAAAAUAUUAUGUGCCAUUUUUAUAGUAGGAAAUUUGUGGUCAAAGAUAUUCAUGGUCCCUGCCUCCCCUAUUUAGUCUUACCUUGUGAGGGCCUAGUGCAAUGGAGGAUUAGGUCCAUUUCACUGGUAAAAUAUAAUGUAUGUUUGGCUUUGUAUCCUGAUAUUUAUCUCCAGUAUUAUUAAAGGGGUAUUUCUUAUA